GUUUUAUACAAUAAUACUUGAAAUUGCCAUCACUUACGACUCCUUUCUGAACGAUUGGCUGUGGAGGCUGUGUUAGCUCCAAUAAAACAGAGCACAACUACGAGGAACAGCAAGUGCAAUAACUUAGACAUGGUGGUGUUUCAGCACUAAUUGCUUUGAUAUGGCCAAAUAUUUUUUGGUAAUCCUCACGCUAAUGCAUAAUGAAAGGUCCUUCCGCAACGGAGGCGCAUCCAAUCCGCACGAAAACCAGGAUUUCCGUCGUUUCUAAAUCCAGCUCGAGUUUUUCCAUUCACGCCGAAUAUCCAAAUUUAGAGGAGAUCGACUACAAUCAAGAUGUUAUUUGCACCAAAGCCACCGAGUCCUUCCGAUGCUUCACCCAAGUCCUCGUGUCGAGAAGUUCCCUGGUAUUGCAUCCACUGUAUUUCUUUCCACCCAUCGAAGAUCCCGGAAUCGAUGAAGCUUUCGACUAUGAAAAACCUGAACCUGUCUAUGGAGACGAUGGAUGCGACAAAUAUCAAGACAUGUGCAAAGAACUAAACAUAAUUCCCAUAAGAAGAGUGUGUAGGAACCUGCCCUCCACAGAAUUAGAUCUAAGGUUCUACGGACUAACACACAAACAAAUUUUAGCAAUAUCCGAAGCUCUAAGAAUCAACUUAUUCGUUAUCAGAUUAAAUUUGUACGGCAAUUUUUUGUCGCCAGAGUCAACAAUUUCCAUUUGCAACAUGCUCGAAAACAAUAACACAAUACAAAUACUAAAUUUGUCGAAGUGCCGCAUCGGAAAGCCAGGUGCAAAAAGUCUUUGCGAGUCCCUCACAGCGUCGCAGAAUCUGAAAGAGUUGGACUUGAGUUUCAACGAAUUAGGGGAUGAUGGUCUGGGGGCGUUGAUGCCGGGCUUGACGAGAAAUUUGUCUCUUAACAAGAUCAAUUUGAGUCACAACAACCUUACUCAAGCGUGUGCUUGGAUGUUGGAGAUCAUUUUCAGAGAGAAUAAGUGUAUCGAAUCUUACGAUUUGUCUUGGAAUAUGAUUCGGGGACGUCCCGCAAUGAAGAAGUUCUGGACGGGACUUAACAGCAAUUUGGCUUUGAAAUCUUUGAACAUGUCGUGGAAUGGGAUGAGCGAACCGAUGCCUGCGAUGACUAAGUUUAUGAAAAAUUCCGAAACCGUGGAGGAGAUGGAUUUCAGUUGGAACAGGUUUAAACCGGGUGCGCUGACUUCGAUUAAACGGGCGGUUAAUAAAAGCAACACACUCAAAGUGUUGAAAAUAGGAAACAAUCGGAUGACCGUGGAAAAAGCUUACGACAUGGCCACAAUGAUUACGCAAAGACCAAAUCUCCGUGUUCUCGACAUGGAAAACAUUUGGUUCGAUAAAACAGUACUUCCUAUCGUUAAUACGGCAAAGUAUCAAAAAAAAGAAUUAAACAUAGGUGGAAUAUUUUCAAAUUACACUAUUAAAGGUCCAGAUGAACCGAAACUGUUGUUCGAAAGAUGCAGGUACUUAUUACAGAAACCAAAGAAACCAAAAGCCAGGAAAGACUUCGCUCAUUUCAUUUUGAAGCUGCCAGAUAAGCGUGUGCCUCGAGAUGAGUUUGAAGGUUUAAUCAAAAAGGAGAAGAUGAAAAAGCUAGACAAGGUUCUGGUUACCACUUUGUUCGACAAGUACAAAGAAGGUAAAAAGGAUGUGAUAAUCGGCGAAAAGAUAAAGAAUGAUUAUUUGAAACAUUAUCCUGAUGCCACUUUGCCGGAGGUUAAGGAAAAGAAGAGGAAAUCUCAAAAGAAGAAGCCUAAGCGUGCUCCGAAGAAGCAUGUGGAAGAGGAAAUCAAGAAAUAUUUGAUGAAGACGGAAGAAGACCUGGAGGAGGAUAAACUUGAUCAAUUUUAUGAUUACGCUUUCGCCAAUUAUAAAGGAUUUGUUUAUGCGGAUACUCCUACAGUAUCAUAUCCCGAUGAUACAAGCGAUAUGAAUUCUGUGUUUGCUACUUCCACCACCACAGACUAUGUAACUGAAAGUGAAGAUGCAGAUGAGGAAGGAGAUGAACACUACGAUUAAACGAUAUGUUGUAUAUUAUUUUGCUCAAAUUCUGGUUUUUAUACAAUACAGAGAAUUUUAAUAAUUUGUUUCUUAUUUGAGAAAAAAUUUAAAAAUUAAAAACAAUUUUAUUUCAUAAAAUAAAAAAUAUAUUCUA